AUGUUUUUGGUCACAGGUCGAACAUGUCUCCGUCAGACCCUUCCAAGAAUACGGCCCUCGAUUCAAUAUCGAAAUCUUCACCUAGCAACAAGACAAUCGUGUAGAAAUGGCCGCAGCAGAGGAAGGGGAAAAUGGGGAAAAUGGCAAUUUAAAUUGCCCCCGCAGAAAAAAGGACUAAUACUGGCAACUUUAGCAAGCUUGAGUCCUGCCGCAUUUGUCCGAUUAUCAGAAAAGGACAAUGGCGGAACUGAGAUGACAGCGGAAUCACGAAUGUUGAAGGCAUCAAGGGAGGAAAUUAUUAUCAUUACUAUACCUGCUGCAUAUUUCGGACCUAGGGACGAAGAGCGAGAUAAUGAGCGGGCGGGUACUAUAUGGUGGUACAAGUUCUUAGUUAAGGCUAUGGAACGAGCCGGGCCUGCGUUUAUAAAGCUUGGGCAAUGGGCCGCCUCUAGAUCAGACAUCUUCCCCACGCAAAUGUGCGAGAUCAUGUCACAGCUUCAUUCCAAUGCGCCUGCACACUCGUUACAUGCCACCAAAAGAAUUAUAAGCAGAGCAUUUGAUGGACGACCCUUUGAUGAGAUAUUUGAAGAAUUCCAGGAAAAGCCUUUGGGUGUCGGAGCUAUAGCACAAGUUUACAAGGCGAAGCUGAAACCGGAUUUGGCAACACCAAUUGAUCCAGACAUUCAGGAGCCUAAGAAUAUACGAACGAAUGUGCGUAGAAAUGUUGACACUUUCAUCAAGAGUACACCACAGAGAGUUCCAUCCAGUUACGUCGCUAUCAAGGUCCUCCAUCCAGGGGUAGAAAGAGUUGUUAGACGAGAUUUACGGAUUAUGUGGGUCUUUGCCUCAGCAAUAAAUUUGAUUCCUACAUUUGAAUGGCUGUCAUUUCCAGAUGAAGUCGAACAAUUUGGUCAGAUGAUGAGACUGCAGCUUGAUCUUCGAAUUGAAGCUGCAAACUUGUCGAUUUUCCGAAAGAAUUUCAAACCAAGAACAACAGCAUGGUUCCCAUUCCCGUAUACUCAGUUCACCACGAGGCAAGUACUUGUAGAAGAAUUUGCUCAGGGUAUACCAUUAUCUGACUUUAUGGAAAAUGGUGGUGGGGUAUUCCAGCAAGAUAUUGCAGAUGAAGGGUUGGAUGCCUUUUUACGCAUGCUGCUAAUUGACAAUUUUAUCCAUGCGGACCUUCAUCCAGGUAAUAUCAUGGUCCGCUUUUAUCAAUCUGAGAAGCCCAACCUACCUUUCAGCAAACACAAAGACGAAGAUCCACAAUCUCAACCAGAUGUUACCGAACAAGUGCUGGCAAGGCUUCAUCCAUACCGCCACAAAAAAGAUCCUCAAGCUUGGCACGCAGAACUUUCAAAGAUUGAUAAAGAAGGAUUCCGACCUCAAUUAAUUUUCAUUGACACAGGCCUGGUCACAGAACUAAAUGCAACAAAUCGAAAGAACUUCCUUGAUCUUUUUAAAGCCGUUGCUGAAUUCGAUGGCUAUAAAGCAGGACAUUUGAUGUGUCAAAGAUGCCGCCAACCUGAUGCAGUCAUUGAUGAAGAGAUUUAUGCUCUGAAAAUGCAGCAUCUCGUCCUAUCAGUUAAGAGUCGCACAUUAGCCCUGGGUAACAUGAAGAUAGGGGAUAUAUUAAACGAGGUUCUCUCCAUGGUCCGUACCCAUCAUGUUCGGAUGGAGGGAGAUUUUGUCAAUGUGGUAAUUAGCAUUCUGUUGCUAGAAGGCAUUGGUAGAAGUCUCAACCCUAGCAUUGACUUGCUCUCUUCUGCGCUACCAAUUUUGCGCGAAUUGGGAGCACAGAGCGGAAGUGGGAUGCUACGACAAGGUGACUUUUCAAUGCUGAAGGUCUGGGCGGGUUUGGAAGCUAGAAAGUUCUUGCAAGCUUCCAUUGAAGAUGUUGAAACAUGUGUCAAGUAUGACUUAUUAUCACCAAAUGUAUAG